AUUGUUUUAAGUAUUUUUAUAAGUUUUAAGUGUUGUAUAUUUUUAUGUUUAUAAAUUGUUAAUAACAAUUUGUUAUGGCUUCAACAAACUUUAAGUGUGAUAUUUGUCAAAAGUGUUUUGCUUCCAAUGGGAAUUUAAGAAGGCACAAUAAGACACAUGAAAAUGAUAUCGUUGAGUCAAAAGAAUUUUUGAUUUGGCUUCAACAAGAAGAAAAGGAAAAUAACAUCAGAUUCAUUAAACAACGGGGUGUCAAAAGAUGUAAACAGAGAAUAGUUUCUGAGGAAAAAAGGCAGCGUUCUCAAAAAAGCCAGGGUUCAUCAAAAUGUGACUGUACAUGCCAAAUAGCUGAAAAAAUUGAAAAUUCCUCAAAAAAAUGUUACAUUCAAUACACGUCUACCCACUAUGGCCAUAAUAAUGAGAUACAGCAUCUCAGAAUAUCCAAACAGUGCCGGAAAGAAGUCGCGCAAAAAUUAUUAAUAGGUGUUUCUACCACUCGGUAA